AUGAUUCCCGACGUGAUCGCCAGUACAUUUCUUGUCCAUGACGUAUAUGUUAAAUUGUUAUUUGACUCUGGUGCAAAUCUAAGUUUUAUAAAUACGACAUUCUGUCAAGCGCUUAAUCAACCGUUAACUAAGCUUAGUCAAGCUUGUACGGUAGAAACGGCAGAAGGAAACUCCGCCAAUAUACGCGAAGUACUUCAAGGAGGAAAGAUAGAAUUAUUAGGACAUAAGUUCAUGGCAAACCUACUACCAAUGAAUCUAGCUGGAUUCGAUGUAGUAUUAGGAAUGGAUUGGUUAGUGGCUAAUCAUGCUCGAAUCCUAUGUGAUCAAAAUACUAUUGAGAUUCGUACGCCAACAGGAGAAAUGAUCAUGAUUCGAGGAGACAAGCCAACUAAGUCCACAAAAUUCAUCUCUGUGAUGAAGGCUGCAAGUUACGCACGAAAGCAAGGCAUAGUGUAUAUGAUCUCUGUGAUCGUUAACACAAAAGGCAAGGAACUGAAGGAAAUUCUGGUAGUAUCGGAAUACCCCGACGUUUUCCCUGAAGAUCUACCUAGACUGUCGCCUGAUCGAGAAGUAGAAUUUAGAAUUCAUCUGAUACCUGGAAUUGCACCAAUUGCUAAAGCGCCUUAUCGAUUAGCACCAACGGAGACGCUAGAAUUAAAGAAGUAA